AUGAGUUCCAGUCUGGUCAACUCUCUGGCCAAGGUGUACUACCCCAACCCUUGUCACGGUCAGAAACCAGCCGGGACGAAGUUAGCACUAACUGGACCUGACAAACAACCCCACACCUCCUCUUCUCCAGUCAUUGCUCCAUGGUGCGUUGUGACUGAAAGCCGCAUGGAAUCUCUAAGCAGUAAUAUGGAGCGUCUGCUCAACGUCCAGGAGACAGUCCUCAUCCGGCUGGAUCACCUGUCCCGGGACCUGGGGGGUGUGGGGCGGGAAGUGGCCUCUCUCAGGGCCGGGGCCUGGCGGUCUGGAUGUCUGGGUGGAGUUCAGACCCAGGGUGAGACCCAGAACCAGGGAAUGGAGGUGGAGGGCCAAGCCCAGGAGCUGGCUACUGCCUGCAGGGAGCUCCAGGGGGUGGUGCAGGAUACCAGCCAGCGGGUGGAGCAGCAGGGGCGGAGGCUGGAGGGGGUGGAGAGGCUGAUGGUGGGCAUGCAUCCGGUCAUCAGCUUCAUCGAAGAGGUGGUAAAGAGCUCCCGGCUGGCUGAGCUGCUGUUUAAUAAGCCUGGUGGCUGUAAGGGGGCUAAUGCCAAGCAGGCCAGGAAGCUGAAGGACAAUGGGAUGAGGGAUGGAAAGGACAAGGUCAAACUCAGCCUGAAAGGCCUGAAAGCCCAGAAGAAGAAGAAGCCUCCACAUGCAUCAGACUCUGUUGAGGCCCUUCUUCUAGGCCAGGUGGAGAAGCUCAACAGGCAGAAUGCUGAACUUUCCCAUGGUAACGGGGUGGUUCUGGACAUGCUCCGCGCCCCCGUCGUCCAACCAGAGGACCUGGAGGAUCUAGAGGGGGAGGAGGAGAAGAGGAGAACCCCUGGACGGGAGGAAGAGCAGAGGGCCAGGGAGGAAGAGGAGGUGGAUAUAUUUGGUGAAUAUGAGCCUGAGGAAGAGGAGGGGAGGGAGGAACAAGUUGGAGAGGAAGAGGUGGAGAAGAGAAGUGAAAGAGGGGAAGAAGAGUCAUCAUUGUCACUAGAACCUCUAGAAAGCUCUGAGGAGUUAGGUGAAGUGGCCGUCCGCAGUAAAAACUGUGUCACAGAGGAGGACCUACUGAAAGAUUACCUGAAAAAGAGCAGAGUGGAGGAGAUGAAAGAGGAGGAUGAAGAGGGAGGAGUACCUGAGGGGGUAGAGCCUCAGGCUGCCCAAUCAAAGGCAGAGAAGAUGAAGGAGGAAGAAGUGGUGGAUGAUGGACAGCCAGAAGAGUACAUCAUUGACUUUACCCCUCCGCCAGCAGCCCCCUUUGACCACCGCAUUGUGACUCCAAAACCUCACCAGAUUGCUACCUUCUACGCCAUUAACAGAGACGAAGUCCUAGGAGGGGGACGUUUUGGACAAGUCCACAAAUGUGUGGAGAAUUCUUCUGGACUGACUCUGGCUGCCAAGAUGGUCAAGGCCAGGAGCCAGAAAGAAAAGGAUGUGGUGAAGAAUGAGAUCCAGGUGAUGAACCAGUUGAACCACGCUAACCUUAUUCAGCUCUACGCCGCCUUCGAAUCGCGCCACGACAUCAUCCUCGUCAUGGAAUAUGUGGAUGGUGGGGAGCUGUUCGACCGGAUUAUAGAUGAGAACUACAAGCUGACAGAGCUGGACACAGUGCUGUUUAUCAGACAAAUCUGCGAGGGACUACAGUACAUGCACAGGAUGUACAUCCUGCAUCUAGACCUCAAGCCCGAGAAUAUUCUGUGUGUGAGCAGAGCCACAAACAAGAUCAAAAUUAUUGACUUCGGGCUCGCCAGGAGGUAUAAGCCCAGGGAAAAGCUGAGGGUGAACUUCGGAACGCCUGAGUUCCUGGCUCCGGAAGUCAUCAACUAUGAGUUUGUCUCAUUCCCUACGGACAUGUGGAGUCUGGGGGUCAUCACUUACAUGCUGCUGACAGGUCUGUCUCCGUUCCUGGGGGACGAUGACAAUGAGACUCUGAACAAUAUCCUGGCCUGUCAGUGGAACUUUGAGGAGGAGGAGUUUACAGACAUCUCUGAGGAAGCCAAAGACUUCAUCACACUUCUGCUGGUCAAGAGCAAGAGUUGGAGGAUGAGUGCCUCACAGUCACUAAAACAUUCCUGGCUGUCCAAUCACAAUCUUCACUAUCGCCUGCAUCAGAAGAAACAUAAGUGCCACUCAACACACCCUUUCCCUCCCCGUAGAUCUAGACAGUCUCCCAUCCAAAAUGAGUGUCCCCUCCAAAAUGACUCCCAAGACCCUGUGCGCGCCUUAUGAUGACAUGGAGGCCAGGGACAGGGCUCAACACUGGACCAACACUGCCGUAUCUCUAUGGCUACUGGAUUACCGCACUGUACUCUGCCUCGCAUCUGUUAGUUUAGCUCUGCAGCUUGUGUAACUGAGUUAAAAACGUACCGUAAACUCACUCCACAGCUAGCUUGAAAUGUCGCAGAUGGAGCUAUCGAAUUAGAUAGCUCUAACGGUUGGUACUUUGUCAAGGAAAGCGGACACUAUAAAAUGCACUUUAAUGUAUCACCAUCAAAUACAAACAGAACCACUUUUUUGAACGAUCAUAUUUAUUACAUUUUCAGCUUACUGUGGAUUUCAAAUAACUUAACACAGGCCUAGUUUACCAAGUCUUAUCAUACCUUUGCAUUGUAUUUGUUUAUUGGGUUUUGAUUUAAAAUAAAGCUUUGGGUGCUAUUUAUUUUCCUGGUAUUGUAAAAGUUUAGUUUCUAUAGAGUUAGGAAUUCAUUUUUACACACCUUUCUCCCCAUCAAACUUUACAUAGAUCACAUUCAUUAAAAUAAUUCAAUCAUGAUCAAUCCAGGUAAACAUAAACUUGUCGAUAUUAGACAUAAUUCCUCACUAUUAACUCCUUCUACUGCUCUGCCCGUUGCUACUGACUUUAAUUUCUCCUCGAGCCGCUGCUGUGAAUAUACUGUAAAGCCGCCUCUUCUGUGCCUGCAUGCUGUUGGCUUGACCUCGACCUUUUACCUUUCUUUGCUUUCGCCCUUUGGAUUAACCCUCUCACCUUCCAUGAAGGCAUCUUACUGAUCAACAAAACACAACCUAUAUGAUUUCAUGAUUUCAUAUGAAUUCAUGUUUAUCGCUGAAGUUAGUAGCCUAAGUGCCAGUCUGUUUGUGUUGUCAUGCCAACUCCUUGUCACUCCUUGUCAUGACACAUAUUUGCACUACCCUUCCGACUGGGCACACAAUGAAAUGAUGUUGACCCAACGUGGAAUAGACGUUGAAUUUACAUCUGUGCCCAGUGGUUUGUGAUUGGAGGGUAGCUGUGAGGGUUAUUGAAUUAGGGUCAAUUUCAGAAGAUUUGAUCCUGAUAUCUGAUUGCUGGGAGGCCAGACUGUUUGGCUUGACAAUGAGCAAUGGAGUUCGCAUGAGCUACAACAGAUCUGAGACCGGUCUAUGGAGUUAGUUCUUAUGUUCAUGAAUUAUCUUGGUUCCUAACUGGAUUUUUACUUAAAAUGCAAGGCUUAGCCUCCAUAGGAAGGGUACAUAAUAUAAUAUUUAUCCAGGAGAGAAAAAAACACAUUAAAAAUUGUUUAUUUAAUGAAUUGUGUUUCAUUGUCUGAAUUUGAAGUGUUUGAUUAAUUGUAUUGUAGAUCUAAAGAAAAAAAGGUUUUUCUGUGUAAUAGAUUCACUAUUUUCAAACUGUGCAGUGAGUUGAUUAUUACUUGGUCAGAUAUUGAGUUAUUGAUUGAUUGAUUUAAUAAUUGAUUGUCAGAUUUGCCAUCCCUGGAAUCAAUUGUGCUCCUUAUAUCGUUGUGAUUUUGUGUCAUUAUGAAACAUAAUUCUAGUUAGAAAUGUAUAAAAAUAAAUAUAGACAGAAAUAAAAACUGAAAUUACUUAUGUUGUCCUAGUUUUACUCUACUACGCAAUGCACAUAAUACUUUGUUUGACAGUAGAGAGAUAAUUCAUAGAAAAAUAGGAAGGGUGGAUAGAAUAAUAACCUUUUCUACAGAGAUGAUCAAUUGUUGAUAUUUGAUCAUCAUUUGGAUACGGCCAUAUCAUUUGGAGACUGUAUCCAGGUUUUGUCUAAUAAUGGCCACUAGGGAGCAGUAUCGGACAAGGACAGUCAGUCAAGACUCGCACUGAUCACCACCAGGCUAGAGACUCAUAAUUCAUGCGGGCCAAAGCCCUAGUCCAGA